ACUUCCCCAUUCUCUUACAAGGAAGUAUACUUUUAUACUGAUUAAGAGCUUGGGAGCUCCUGGCAUAUGCAGAGAACCGGUGCUUGUGAAAUCCAGCGUCCAUGGCUUCGACUGAGGAGAAGCAAUUGAAAACCCUGAAGAUUUUUACUAAAGAAGACUUCCAUACAGACUGGGUCAGGAUUGCAAGUGGCGGGUUCGGCCAAGUUUACAAAGUCAAGCACAAGUUAUGGAGGGAAGCGUUUGCAGUGAAAUGCUGUUCGUCAGGGUCUUACGACACCGGCCUGUACAGAAUCAUGAUAGAGGAAGCUUCCAAGAUGGAGAAAAUGAAAUUCCGAUACAUUGUCCCUGUUUACGGGAUCUGCAACGAUCCACCGGCCAUAGUGAUGGAGUACAUGAAGAAUGGCUCUUUGGACCAGAUACUCCCUACCCACAAUCUCAUGUGGUCCAAGAAGUUUGAGAUCCUCCACGAAGUAGCCCUGGGCAUGAAUUUCCUGCACAGUGCUACUCCACCCUUGCUUCAUCUCGACCUGAAACCCGGGAACAUCCUUCUAGAUGAAAACCUGCAUGUAAGGAUUUCAGAUUUUGGCUUGUCCAAAUGGAAGGAGUGUUCCAGCAGGAUGGAGUAUAUUGAGCUCUCUGCGAUCAGAGGAACGCUGAGCUACAUCCCCCCAGAGAUGUUUCUACAGAACAGCAAACCUCCAGGAACUAAAAAUGAUGUGUACAGCUUUGCCAUUGUGAUCUGGGAAGUCCUAACUCAGAAAAGGCCAUAUUCAGGAGCCAAUAUGAUGACGGUGAUAGUAAAAGUGGCCGCUGGGAGAAGACCCGGUAUGGAGGAUGUCCCAGAGGACAGGCCACAGGAGUGUGAGCAGAUGAUCAACUUGAUGCAACGGUGCUGGUGUCAGGAGUCAAGUCGGAGACCUUGUUUUGCAGACAUUACCAAAGAAACAGAGGUCCUCCAUGAGAUGCUGAAAACACCAAACCUGGGUCAGAGACCAAAAGAAAAGGCAAAAUCACACCAGCUUCUCUACUGCAAAACCUCCAACAGCAUUAAAGUACCUAAGAUGGCACCAAACACAGAAAUAAGCAAUGAAAGUGAUGAAGAAGGAUCUGAAAAAGACAUCAUUAGCACAAUGACAAAAAGAGACCUCUCUAUUUUCAAGAAGGUACUGAAGGAAGAACACGUGACCAUGGUUUUUGAGGACAACUACUCCUUGCUUCACUAUGCUCUUGCCACGGGAGACACAGAGAUUGUAAAGGAAGUUCUGAGUUUUGGGUCAAAGGUAGACUCCCAAAGUGUCAAUGGGUACACGCCUUUGAUUAUAGCUGCUCUAUAUAAAUAUCUAGACUUGUGCUCAUUGUUAAUUGAGCAUAAAGCAAAUGUGAACUUGAGUGAUGAGGACAAGUGGACCCCUCUCCAUUUUGCCGCUCAGAAUGGUGAUGACAGGAUUGUGCGCCUCCUUUUAGACAACGAUGCAGACGUGAACGCCAAAGAGCGUGACGGUUGGACGCCUCUUCAUUUGGCAACUCAGAACGGCCAUGAAAACGUUGUCCGGGUCCUCCUCCCACGCCAAGCCGCCAUUGACCUUCAGGAGAACGAGAACCGGACAGCCCUUCACAUUGCAGCCGCUUUUGGCCACAUCAAUAUCCUCAAACUGCUGCUAAGCCAAGGAGCCGACCUGAACAAAAAACAGAAGGGCUGUCAGACGGCUCUGCAUCUGGCCUCGGAAAAAGGACACUUUAGAGUUGCGAGGCUUUUGGUGAAAAGUGGGGCAGACCUAAACAGUAUGGAUAGCAACCAUUACACUGUCCUACACAUGGCUGCUUUAAAGGGAUACAACGGAAUAUGUAGGCACCUGCUAAAGCACAGUGCGAAUCCAAAUCUGACAACCAUGCAUGGAUGGACACCCUUGCACCUUGCUGCUUUUAAUGGCCAUGCAGUCACGGUUCGGCUGCUGAAGGAAUACCAUGCGAAGCUCAAUGUCAGGGGAGACAUGGGGUGGACGCCUUUGCAUUUGGCCACUCGCAGCGGCCUAGAAGAGGUCAUUUCUGAGCUUCUUGAGGCAGGGGCUGACCCCAACAUCGCAGAGGAAUCCGGAUGGACGCCGCUCCAUCUGGCUAUCCAGAGAGAGAGCUUUCUCAGUGUCCUCAAGCUGAUCGACCAUCGUGCGAACGUCAAUGCCAGAAACAGGUACGGGUGGACUCCUUUGCACAUCGCAGCACUGAAGGGGAAUGCCCCAAUAGCAAAGGCUUUAUUAAUGAACAGUGCUGAGCUAACCCAGGAUUUAAGCGGCUGUACUGCACUUCAAUUAGCAGUGAGAAACCAGAAGGAGAACAUUGUAAAGUUGCUCAAAGGUGAGGAAGAUACAGAAGAUGGUAGUUCUCAAUUAACAUUUAAAUAACACACAUACUAGCUUUGUUUCCAUCAAGGCUAUAUUGUCGAGCUCUCUGUUUUAGUGGCAGCGGUAAUCUGGCAAGCAGACACAGCCUGGAUAUAAUGAUGAUUCUUAAAAAUCACGGGGAGCAGUACAGGUCACUAACAGAAGAAAAUAAGUCACACAUGCUAUGAGGAUCCUUCACAAAGCAGGUGACUCAUACCUGUAUUGGCUCGUUACUGGAAUGUGGAACCUGCUUGAUUCCUGUUAUGAUGCUCUCACCCUCAUUCCAGUCUCAAUAAACAGGGCAAAAGUUUCUGGUGCCUUUUGCAAUCUCAUGGGGAGACAGCAGAAUCCGUAACAGUCGUUCAUCCAACAACACUACCUGUAAACUAGCCAACUGAGACAGUUCAACAAGUUGUCACAUUCAAUAUAUACAAGACAGUGAUGAUUUUAUUUAGCAACAAUGGGUAAUAUACUGCAGACUAAGCUAAGAAACUAAUCCUAUAAAGCCCUGCAUGCUUGUUAAUCUGGAAGGAUAGCUAUUAUGGACAGAGCGCACUUGCCCUGCAGGGCUCUAGUGACUGCCUGACUUCAGUGCCAUUUCCUAUUUCAAAAACAACAGCAGAGUAAUUGGAUUUUAUGGAAAUGUCCCCAUUGUAACUAUCUGGCAAAGAUCUCCCUGUGAUCAAAUAAUAUGUGAAAAGACAGACCAGUCCUUUGUCACCAGCUUUAAAGGUAUUUGUUGUCUGAUUAGUUUGUUAUCUGAAAGAAUUCUCUUGCAAGUGUUCAGAAAGCAAAAGCCAGCUUCUGGGCUGAAGUGAUUUUUUACAAGAGUAGUUUAUUGAAUUUCUAGGCUGUAUAAAUUGUAAUGAUUUUGUAUAAUAAAACCGAAAGGCAUGUAUUUGUAGAUUACAGUGUUAUACAUUAUUUAAGAUUUUUUUUUUUUUUUUUAACUUCAGAAAUGAAAGAGUUUAAUAAUUCUAAAGCACUUAUUCCAAGAGUAUGUCAAAGAAUAAUCCUCUAAUUUGUGCUGCUGUGAUGAAACAACUAAAUCAUUCAAUGCAUUAGAACCUGCCACUGUGAGUUUGCACAGGCAUGGGGCAUUUAUUCUGUGCUUUUCCCGUGGUUGUUAUGCAUUUUCGUUGGUUUGUUAAGUUUAUUUUUUUACAUGCUUUGCCAUAUCUCUCUGGGCUUUACCAUGCUUUCACUGUGCUUCAUUACACUUUUCUGUGCUUUGACUGCGAUAAGCAUUUAUAUGAGAACCACCUUAUGAAAGGAAACAAGACGCUAGGAUCAUUGUAUUAACUGCCUAGAAUGGGAACCCAUGUCACAGGAAUAUAUUAACGGCAAGAGAAAACUGAGCCACUUACCCCUGACUGGUGGCUGCUGUUCUGGUAACAGGUUAGGAGGCUUGUAUGUUUAACAAUGCUAAAAAGUAUAUAUUUGGCACAUUUGGAUAAAAUAAAUAAAUACGCACAACAGUUGUUGUGUCUGCCUCUGUUCAGCUGUAACCUGGUCUUUUGUGUCUU